AUGGACGUGCUUUUGGACCCAACGCAAAUUCUAAUUGCCAUCUUGCAGGUGACGAGCAAUUCCGUGUUGACCUUGGAGCCCUCGAUUGAGAUCGUGUACAUCCCAAAGCUACUGGACAGACACUAUUCCUGUCGAGGCUGCUCCGACGGCAUGAGCGCGAACGUAUUGCAGCUCUUCAUUCAAGCCCACAUGGUGGUUGUAGAUUUAGGACUGGCAGCACUCACCAACAUCCAAUCAACUGAGGAUAUCCUGGGCGCCCCAAUUGCUGGCAUGAUUCUUGUUACCUACAUCAGUGCUGUCCAUAGAGUCCGUUUUUCCGAUGGAGGAUACCGCAGAUGUCUCCCAAUCACCGAUGCCAGCCCAACAAACAAUGUGGACCUCGGACCCUACAUAGUACACAUCGACUACUAUCCAUUGUCACGGGGGAUAAUGCAAUGGGACUAUUGGGGCCCUUUAGAUGCUCGUAUUUUCAAGUAUCACUAUAGAUUUAACGUUACCGGGAGUCGAGUUUUCUGGCAUUGCCUGCGGUUGACACGACAACUGGUGCUAACCCGGAUGCGAUGGAGCCAUGGUCUGGGACGAGUAGUGACAGAGUCAUCCACUAUCGAAAUCCCAAAAAUCGACAAGGAAGUGGGGGUAUUUCCCCCUGAAGCGGGGGAGCAGUUGACAACGUCCCUGCCUUACGUCCAGGUCGUAUCGGACAGAAAGUUCGGUAGCCAUGAGGUAAAGGUGAUAUGGGUUGACAAUGACAGAAUCUAUCUCGGAGGAGGCAAACAACCUAACGGAUGGGGUGUAGACAAGUUCAGUGAGGUGAUUGAAAUCAGAACUUAG